GGCUAGGCCAUCGAGCCGGGUCGAGCAGGGACUGGCGACGGCUGCGUCACGCGAGGGGCGGGGCCGUUGCGGGCGGAGGCCGGAGCCGGAAGCGGAAGAGGCGCUCAGAGCGGGGAGUGGGGCCUAGCCGCAGCCGGAUCCUGGGAGACGGUGAGUGUGGGCCCAGGCCCGCGGCGGCGGCGGCGGCAGCAGCGGCGGGGGAUGCAUCACUGUAAGCGAUACCGCUCCCCUGAGCCAGACCCCUACCUGAGCUACCGAUGGAAGAGGAGGAGGUCUUACAGUCGGGACCACGAAGGGAGACUGCGGUACCCGUCUCGAAGGGAGCCUCCGCCCCGGAGAUCUCGGUCCCGAAGCCACGACCGCCUGCCCUACCAGAGGAGGUACCGGGAGCGCCGUGACAGCGACACGUACCGGUGUGAAGAGCGGAGCCCGUCCUUCGGCGAGGACUGCUACGGGUCUUCACGUUCCCACCACCGCCGGCGGUCGCGGGAGAGGGAGCCGUACCGGGCCCGCAAGCACGCCCACCACUGCCACAAACGCCGCACCAGGUCUUGUAGCAGCGCCUCCUCGAGAAGCCAACAGAGCAGUAAGCGCAGCAGCCGGAGUGUGGAAGAUGACAAGGAGGGCCACCUGGUGUGCCGGAUCGGCGAUUGGCUCCAAGAGCGAUAUGAGAUCGUGGGGAACCUGGGCGAAGGCACGUUCGGCAAGGUGGUGGAGUGCUUGGACCACGCCAGAGGGAAGUCUCAGGUUGCCCUGAAGAUCAUCCGCAACGUGGGCAAGUACCGGGAGGCCGCCCGGCUAGAAAUCAACGUUCUCAAAAAAAUCAAGGAGAAGGAUAAAGAGAACAAGUUCCUGUGUGUCUUGAUGUCUGACUGGUUCAACUUCCACGGUCACAUGUGCAUCGCCUUUGAGCUCCUGGGCAAGAACACCUUUGAGUUCCUGAAGGAGAAUAAUUUCCAGCCUUACCCCCUGCCGCACGUCCGGCACAUGGCCUACCAGCUCUGCCACGCCCUCCGAUUUCUACAUGAAAACCAGCUGACCCACACAGACUUGAAGCCAGAGAACAUCUUGUUUGUGAAUUCGGAGUUUGAAACCCUCUACAAUGAGCACAAGAGCUGUGAGGAGAAGUCGGUGAAGAACACCAGCAUCCGGGUAGCUGACUUCGGCAGUGCUACCUUUGACCACGAGCAUCACACGACCAUUGUGGCCACCCGUCACUAUCGCCCACCUGAGGUGAUCCUUGAGCUGGGCUGGGCACAGCCGUGCGACGUCUGGAGCAUUGGCUGCAUUCUCUUCGAGUACUACCGGGGCUUCACGCUCUUCCAGACCCAUGAAAACCGAGAACAUUUGGUGAUGAUGGAGAAGAUCCUAGGGCCCAUCCCAUCACACAUGAUCCACCGUACCAGGAAACAGAAAUAUUUCUACAAAGGGGGCCUGGUGUGGGAUGAGAACAGCUCUGAUGGCCGGUAUGUGAAGGAGAACUGCAAACCUCUGAAGGUCAGUUUCUGGCUUCCCCCAGCUCAACUCAUGCCAAGGAGACCCCAGGCACUGGGCAGACAUACAGCAGAGACAGGCCAGGCAGCUAAAGGCUGCCUCCUCGCUCCAGCUCUAUGGGAGGCCACACCGAGGCUGCUGGGUGCCGGCCGGCUGUGGGGCUGCUUGCACACCGCCCCCGAGGGGCCCUUAGCCCCGCCCCUUCCCCACAGGGUGGCUAUGGAUGUAAUGGGGGAACACCAGAAGAGCCAGAUGUCAGAGACCCUGCUGCUUCCUGUCCCCCCUCUUCUCUCAGUUUUGGGAAGAACUAGGCAGGACUGAGGUGAGGGGGAGGGAAGACAUAGACCUGGCCAGAGAGCCUGUCAACUGCAUUUGGUGCCCGGACAAGUGAAUUCUGCAGAGGUGAUUCUACCCACCUGUCAGGACUUUGCAUGCGGGGGCAGAGGCACCGAGCCAGCAAGACCACCCAGUAGCCUGACAAGUUCAGAGCCAAACGCUCUACGCAGGCAUGAGAGGAAAAGGAGCGGCUCACUGUCCAGGAGGGCAGAAGUAGUCCUCCAGGGAGGCAGCACUGCCUCCUCAGCCCAUUGCAGCAAGGCUUCCCAGAGGCACAGGGACCUGCUGUGGCUUCCCACGACCCUGCCAUCACACUGAGGCACCUUGUGUCCCUGAGCAGAGUUACAUGCUCCAGGACUCCUUGGAGCACGUGCAGCUGUUUGACCUGAUGAGGAGGAUGUUAGAAUUUGACCCUGCCCAGCGCAUCACAC